UAUCUCUUGAGUGACAGCCGUCCAUGAGGGAUUCCCGCGUGGUCUGGCGAUGAGGUUCGGGGUGAUGUGGUUGCGCGGAAGAGAGUUAUCUUUUGCAGGGACCUGCUGUAGUUCCUUCAUACUAGAAGGUUUAUCAUGGAAGAAGGGAAAAUAAUUCUGCAAUCAGAAUGUAAAAUGAUGGAAGCUAAUUCCAAGGAGCGUAUAAAUAAUGAUGUUCCCCUCCUAACUGAUGAAAAAUUUGACUUUGACCUUUCACUGUCUCCUACAAGUGAAAAUGAGGAUGAAGUUUUUGUGGGACCAAUAGGUCAUAAAGAAAAAUGUGUGGCUGUGUUUGUUGAGUCCCAGGAACGGACUGAAGGUAAAAAUUCCCCACACUCUGUGGAUGAGCUAACAUGGAGUCCACUUGCUGGAGAAAAAUUUAUAGAAAUUUUUAAAGAAGCUCACCUGGUCGCUCUUCAGCUACAAAGUGGGAGCAACGCAAAAAGAAAUAAAACUGGGAAUCUGGAAGAACAGAAGACAGAGGCUGUAGAAAAAUUUGUGCAAGAAUCAAAGUCAAAACUGAAAAUCCUUGAGAAAGGUAUAGUCGUGGAUAAAACCCCAAAGGCAAUUAAGAGAGAGACUUACUGUGUGUCGGAAAUCCCUGUUGGUCAGCUGCCAUCUUUGCUGCAAAAACAUUCAAGGCAUCCUGUCAAAAUAAUGGACAGCUGUCAGUCUCCACAAGUGCUGCAAAAUACUUCCAGUCCUGGUAAACUGGGUAAAUUAUCUGAAGUGUCUGCUGUGCAUUUAGCUCAGGGAAAGAGUGACAAAAACAAUAAAAGGACAAGCACAUUUCAGAGUGUAAAAGGUUCAUCUGGAUUUGGAAAUAACAGUAACUUAGCAGUGGGACAGCUGAAACAAGGGAGACUAUCUAGCUCUUCCAGUAGAAAUAAUUUGAACAGUCUGGGGUCAUCUGAAGACUUGCUCUCGGACAAAUCAAGUGUUACAUCAGAUGGUGGUGAUACAUCAUUCUGCAGCAGUUCAUCUGUGCAAGAGAAGCGAACUCUUCCUACUCCCAGCAAGAUAGGCAUAAAGACGAGACAGCUAAAACCUCCUAGUAAUGUUCAUAUGCGAAAGAACACAUCGUCUUCGUCAUCGUCCUCUGUUUCCAGCAUGAACUCAAGUUUUAAUUCAAGUCUAUCCAUUUCUCCAAAAAGAGGAAAAGUUCCAACCACUGUUGCAUCAAAAGCUUCUGCAAACUCCUCACGACUCUCUUCUUCUGCAAGCAAGAUUUCUGCCAUUAGAUCUAUGAAAGGAUCUUUGGUGCAAAUGUCCCAUGCCAAUUCUUCUGGCAAGCCACAACAAACUACAAGUGCUACAGAAGGAAAUCCUGUCUCUGGACCUAAAUAUAAAGCUGUGGUGAUGUGUGAGGCUUCCAGCACCGGAACCCAGAAAGAGGGUUCAAAUCCUAGUCAGAAACUCAUACAGAAGAGUUCAUUGGCAAAUAUAAGAGCAUAUUCAAGCCCUAAACUCAAAACUAAAGCAGUGCCUCCAGUGUCAAAAGAAGAUAUAUCUUCAGAAAAUGUAGCUGCCAGAGUAUUGCAACCAUUCAGAACAUCUUCCUGUGGCAAUGUUGGAAGCAAUGCUGUAGUUACCCCACCUGUCAAAAGGUCAGAAGAUGGCCCAGCAUUAAAUUCCUGUUCUGCUGUCAAGUCUGCUGUACGGAAUUCUUCCAGUAAUAUAAGGCAUUCUGCAUUGCCUACACCUGUUGGUCGACGUGUAUCUGGAAUUCCAACAUUUACCCCGAAAACUGUUCCCAGAUUAAUGUCUUCUCCAAAUCCUGUGCCCCUUCGUCAAAUCUCAAGUGUGUCUUCCAAAAAGACUCUUACACACAGUUCUAAAUGGGCAAAGGAGAGCAAGACAAGAGUGACCUCAAGCUCAUCUUCAAUGGAAGAUUUAUCGCCACCACAAGUUGCACCUAUUGCGCUUUGUUUUUCACCAGAGAAUUCUUCUGUAGAAAUGGAAGAAAAAUUGACUGAAAAAGAGAGGCCGGCUAAAGAGAGCCUACUAAUAGACAUUGGAUUGGAUAACACCCCAGUUUCAAUAGAUAAAACACCCAUUGUCAUCCAGGAAUGUGAAAACAAACCUCUAAUUGAUCUUUUUAACACUCCUGAAAUUAUUAAGGCUCCUUCACUGAAGCCUUCAGUACAGCUAAUAGAUUUGAGUUCUCCACUUAUUCAGCUUGGCCCUGAAGAAAAUAAAGAAAACUUAGAUUCUCCUCUUCUGAAGUUCUGAUGCAUUCACCCAUUUUUCAGACUGGAAGCACUUCUGUGUGUUUUAAGGAGUUGGCGUGUUUCAAUAGACAGUGCAUGUAAUAGACUGGAACAAUAAACUUUAAUAUGUUUGAAAUUUUAAACUGUGAAUGCUUGAUAAAAAUGAUGUGCUGCUAGGAAGAAAUGGGAAAGCAGUUCAAAUAUUGACUUUUCAGUAUCUUCAAUUUGUUUACUGUAGCAAAUGCUGUAUGUUAAAAUAUAUAUUGCUAAACAUAAAUUGUAAAAUUGUGCAAAAUAUUCUAGGAAUGUGUCAAAAUCUAUAAUAAAGUAUUGAAUUUUAUACAUCAA